GUUCCAUAUUCGCACGAAGAUUCUCUGUUGUCUGUGUACAUUUGUCUGAGUACAUUCACUGGCAAGAUAGGAGGCGUUGGUCCGACACGGCUUCAAUUCCAGACAAUGACGCCGCCCUUACCCAGGAACAACUAGAACAAGGCGAUUCACCAUCCUAUUGUUCUCUCCUGGUCUGGUGGAUCUAAAUCGCCCGUGUUGGCUGGUAGUCUAUUGUCCAUGGCGCCAUGGCAGCUUUCUCUGUUGAGCCUCUUAUGCUGGGCCUUAGCACUUGCUAUUGUGACUGGCAUAGCAGCCACCCUUGUGAGUCUGAAGGAAAAUAGGAUUCCCAGGAUGUCAGACUGAUCUGAGCGCAAUGCAAUGCCAGGUACUUGCUCGUACUCUCGCAGCCUCCCAGCGUGCCAGAGUCCCCAAGUACCGUCCGAGACAUUCCGCCACUCAUCUCCUGGUUGUCUUGGGCAGCGGUGGACAUACAGCUGAGAUGUUCUCCAUGUUACGACGUAUGCCACUAGACCCGAGCGUCUACACAUAUCGAACCUAUGUUGUCAGUUCGGGCGACAACUUCAGUGCCAGGAAAGCAGUGGAGUUUGAGACCGGUCUUCAGAGUAAAAAAGCGAGACAGGACGACUUGAAACUAGACGAGCAUCUACCUGCAUCUUACGCUAUUGUUACUGUGCCACGCGCGCGCCGUGUACAUCAAUCCUAUCUGACGGCUCCUUUUUCAACCCUUCAAUGCUUCUGGGCCUGCCUGCUCGUGCUACGUGGUCUCCAUCCGGAUCAAGGACAACGUCCUGUAAGCCUCUCUUCGCCAUAUCCAGACGUGAUUCUUACCAACGGCCCAGCUACGGCAGUGUGUGUCGUAUUAGCCGCGAAGCUUCUGCGGUUCUGGUAUGGCUUCCUAUCUCUUUUUUCCUGUGCUCGGAAGGAGAGCUCUUCAGAAGUGAAAGCUCCCCUUACAUUUCAGCUGCGUACUAUUUUCGUGGAAUCAUGGGCUCGUGUGACGACUCUCAGUCUGUCGGGGAAGCUUCUGUUACCUUUCGUCGACCGCUUUCUCGUCCAGUGGCCUGCUCUGGAGGGGAAACAGGCUUGGAGGGGGAUGAGAAAGACGGAAUAUGUCGAUACCCUGUUGGAUUGAGUAUGAUGGAUUUCUUGUUCAAAGGCCACGGCCAUCCUCCAUACCCUAUUAUGGAAUUCCUGCCGUCUCUUUAUGUCAGUCGAGGAUCUAGAACAAGUGAAGCAAAACCACCCAGAAUCCACUACAGCGUUAGCUUUCGCAAUUGAAUAUCUGAUUGGAAGAAGAUAUCCAUUCCUACAGGACCCUUGACUGCAAUAAUUGCCGCCUUCUCGCUCCCGGAUAAAGUGAGGCACGCGACUCCUGAGCAUAAUAGGAUGAGAAUGCAGCAUGGAAUACGGGCAGAUGUGGACUCGGAAGAAGCUCACAUCUGCAGGAGCAGUGCUAGUGACAACUUUAACAUGGCUUAGCCACGGAGCACGGGAUUGCUAUAUAAUACCACGACAUACAAGCUUCUUCCAGACGCAUUUGCUACUUGUAUAAUAGCAAUCUACAGGGGGUAAUCAGGAUCGUGCAACAUGGCAAAGUCUUCCGUCUUUACUGCUGCAGCUGCAUUAGGGUUUGCUUCAGUGGGUCAGGAUCAAUCAUCCCAUUGUUUUAUAUUAAAUGACACAAUCGCGGCACGCUAUGAAACCAUCAUCUUCCAGUUGAUCUUGCAUUCCAGAUAUAAUAAUAGACAAUAAUAACACUUUGUACAUGCAAGCAUGCAUCGCCAUCACGUCAUCCUCCGCCAAGCUGGAUCAUGUCCAAAAGCUUCCACGAAGGAUGCAGACUGCUUUCAGUUACCUCCAUGCUCCUCCUUGUACAGCCUACAUAAAACGACCUUG